AUGGCGCCGGAGCACGAUCUCGGCCCACGCCUGAAGGUUCAAGCUUCGAGACGAUACGGGGUCUCCGCGGCCGCCUCUGCCUCGACAGCCCUGCCUCGCAAGUUGGCCGUGACCUUCCCGCGUCGACCAUGGUCUCUUCAACCAGCCUUGGUCCCCAACGCCAAAUGGGAACAGGGUCGGGAACGUCCUGGCAAGGAAGGACGCCUCAAAGGAAUCGGGACCCGACCCACGCUCUCGGCCCGCACGGCCGUCGUCGGCACCUUCACCAACAGCGUCACAGGCAAACUGCAGCUUCUCCACGUCCGCGACGUCUGGCGGUCCGUCGAGCGCGAACAUGCCAGAAGACGUCACCUCGUUGAUCGCUGGAACGUUCUGGUCGGGGCAGGCGUCACUUCCAUCGCGAACCGCGCCUUCUCCGUUGGGCCCGUGACCUUCACCCUGGCCGCCGGCUUCUUGUCCUUGGUUGAGCAGGGCGAAGAGCUCCUCGAUCUCCACCGGCCCUCCUCGUCCAUGGCGCGUUCCGUGGGCGGCACAACGUGCGCCGUCCGCGCUUUCUCCCACCCAGACGGCUCGUUCCGCUCCAUACGAUCGCACACCGACGACGGUACCCCGUGUAUCGAGUCUCCCCAGCUCUCCAUCUCCGCCGCGUCGAUCUCAAUCUCAGCGUAG